CGUUAUGUGCAUCUUUUUCUCCGAUAAACAAAUCUUGAGAGUGACGACAAGAAGCAACGGGUAGAACGGAAACUUUUCCGCCCAUCGACGCUGAAACAAGACCUGUUCCUUCGUGCGACAAAUAUUCUCUCCCCUCCCUCUUUUCCUCCCAAGCCACGCCCUGAUCUUCAAGAUCCUCCAUCUUCGUAAAUUGGGGUUCGAUUCCAUUUCAACCCUCCGAUUCCCUCUUCCAAAUUGAUUCCCAUUGUUCUUCAAAUUUUAGAUUUUAGGUUGGUCUCGAUUUCGGCCGGCGAGCCUUCGGUAGCUCGCCUUCUCCGUAUGCAAUGAUGGCGAGAAUCUCCCAAACCCCAUUCUUCCCGUGCUUUCUAGCCGUUACGAUUACCGUCUUUACCAUCUGCCUCUUUCCCAUGGUUCGAGGGCAAGGCGAUUCGUCAUCCCUCAUCCAGUUACCCUCUGAAUCCUCCAACGUUGCCCAGAAUUGGUGCGCCGGAACAGUUCCGGCCUCGUGUCCUGUGAAGUGCUUCCGGACGGACCCCGUUUGCGGCGUCGACGGCGUCACCUACUGGUGUGGCUGUGCCGAUGCUGUCUGUGCGGGUGUUAAAGUUGCCAGAUCGGGAUUUUGUGAAGUUGGCAGUGGGAGUUCGGUCUCUCUCCCGGGUCAGGCGCUUCUUUUGGUGCAUAUUGUCUGGCUCAUUGUGCUUGGUUUUUCGGUCUUGUUUGGUCUCUCUUGAUUACCUACUGGCGCUAAUUUAUGAGGAUUUGGUUAGCUAUGUGCAUCUGCGGUCUUCUUGGUUUAUAAGAAUACCUUUUGGGAAUCUUUAUUUGGUUGUUGUGAGGUUGUGUGCGCGUUGCUUUGUAUGCAAAAGAGGGAUUUAUAGAUAUCGAUCUUCUUUGCUAUGAUAUUCGUUUGUUAAAUACUUCGGAAAUUCUUGUAUUGUGAAUAUCACUUGUCACUGACAUUGGGAAUUAUUGUAUUGUUUUGCUGCGGUUUUUCUCAAUUUUGGAUUUAGUAUGUCACGGUUGUCAGUCACAUGUUCCAAUAUGGAUGACUUUUCUCCAA